UAAGAGCUCAUCUUUAAAUUAAUUUAGGAAGAUCAUGGAGCUUUCUAAACAGUCAGUGAAUGAUUUUUCAGUCAGUGAUAUGUUUCUUGCCAAAGGAGAUAUGGCUUUAGAUCACAUAUCUUCUACAGAAACAACAUUAGACCACCAAUCAGUACAUGUUGAGGUCAAUAACAUUACAGCACAGAUCAUUGGUCUUGAAGGGCAGAAAUUGAAUCUGCAUGUACCAUCAGAGUCAAUAAUAGAACCAGUAUCACCAGUGGAGGUAAUGUUGGAAGAAAAUGCACUCUCCCUGAUGACACAUAAAGCAACUCAGGAGAAACCAACUGGCCCUGAUGAUCCCAAUGACUCUCAAGUUCAGUCAACAUUGUCUGAUCAUACUUCAUCAGACCCAGGUAUUCCCAAUGAGAUGAUAGCUGCCAGCAUUUUGGAAUCGGACAUAAACCCUGUGGAACCGCGCUGUGAGUUCAUAGUCCAUACAGACCCCAGUGAAGCACAAGGUCCAUCUGACAAAGUUACAUUAGAUCCAAGUGCCCUGUUGAUGGGGAAAUUGAAAGAGGUGGUAUGUGAAAAAAAACAGACUCCAGAUUCAACAUCCAUGACUCCCAAAGAUGUGGGAUGCUCCAAAGAGGAAAAGAGUGUCAGAAAGAACAUUCCCCCAAAGAAGGACAGAAUGGAUCCGCUGAAAAUAGACAUGACCAGAUCCACUGUUAUCCCCCUCACCUCAUCUCAGCUGUCCCUACAAUGCCUGGAGUGCCACAUCAUCUUCAGUGACAACAAGAGCAAGGAGCGCCACCUCAAAAUGAACCACCCCACCGAGUAUGAGCAGUGCAUGCUUGGCGAUGCCCUCUUCGCCUGCUACGUCUGUGAUCGGCAUUUCACCUGCUCCACUGAGCUCAUGGCACAUCAGAGGGCUCAUACGGAGAAGCAGCCUUUCAAAUGUCCCAUCUGCGGGGAAGCCUUCAGCCGAUCAUCUGAGCUCACAAGUCACAAGAAAGUUCACUUUGGCAAGCAUGGAUACACCUGCUCAGACUGUGGCAAGCACUGCAAAACCCUAACCUUGCUUAAAUACCACCAGCGCAUACACACUGGAGAAAGGCCAUAUGUGUGCAUACACAAAGAGUGUGGCAAGAGGUUCAGCAUGCCAAAGGCUCUCCAAAAACACCUGGAAGCACAUGAAAAGGAGGAUACAGAGGGCACUGCAGACCUGGCAAAUUCUACAACCAACACAAAAAAAAAGAGGAAUAAAGGUACAUUUGCUAAGAAGUUUGCAUGCUCACAGUGUGAUGAAUCCUUCAAGACAGCAAAGUCACAGAUUCAUCACAUUAAAAUUAAGCAUCCACAGUGCAAAACCAUACCUCCCUCCAGUACCACCGUGGCAUCACAAGAGUUAAAAGGUGUCCCACUUGUUACAACUCAAUCUGCAAUAGUUCAACCACCUCUACUACGUAUGGAAGCUAUUGGACCAGCAGCACAACAAAUAGGCCCACUGGGAGCUGAACAAAUUAAAAGAUUAAUAGAAAAACUGGGAAAUGUACAAAAAGUCAAUCAGCUGGUCAUACUUGGAGUUGACCCGUUAUCUUUUCAGGCCCAAAACAUGGGAAUGCAACAGCCACAGGGUCUCAUACAGCCAUUGCACUUUAAUUUCACACAACCAACAAUUCAACCAGUCAUACUUCAGCAGACAAGGGAUGAGUCAAGGCAUGAAGGGAUGAUGUCAACUGGAGCUGAGCGAACCACGUGUAAAGAUUCUUUAGAGAUUGGGGUUACUGUUGAGCAAGAGGCAACAAUGGUGCAGGGUGAGAAAACUGUUGUUUCAUUAGGGAAUCCAGAGAAUCAGGUGGCAGUUGUUGAAUCGGAUAUGAGAGGUGCACAGUUAAAUGAGGUUCAAUUUGAGAUUUUACCAGAGCUGACUGAAAAGUCAGUCUUAACUCCCCAGGAGGAAAGCAGUGAACAAAUGGAUACAACAGUGGAGCAGCAUAUUCAAGUUACUUUAGAUGUCAAAACUUUAGAGACUGGGGAUGGUUCGUCUGUGUUUUCCAUAAAUGAUUUUGAAAGCAGUCAGUCUCAAACAACUGAAGAAAAUAUUUCAAAGCCAACAGAAAUCAUGCUGUCAGAAGAGACCAUCAUUACUGCAGAAUCCCUGGAUCAAAAAUGUGAUGCAGAAGACUCAUUAAUAGAAUCAGAGCCACAGUCUGGACAAAUGAAUAUUCUUAACUUUGAUAAUAAUCAAGAGCUUGAAGCUCACUUGGAACAGUUGGCUCCAAAGGAAACUUCACAGUCAGAGGAACCAAAAGGACAGACUAUUCAGCCUUCUCUCAACAAUGUGCAGCAUCAUCAAGAGAACUAUUACUUGGAACAGGCACCAGUUAAUAAUUCCGGUAAUCAGCAGACCAUGUUGGCACCAGGAGACCAGAAGAUGUCGGGUGUAAAAGAUUGCUUGUAUGCUAAGAUAAUGCUACCAACAAAGAAGAAAAGGUCCAAGAAACGGGUAUCUCUUAAGUCACAGUCCCUGGGAUCUGAAGAUGAAGGUUCACUAAGCACCUCACAGACAACAACUUCUCGAGAAACUAACACUGCAUCAAAAACUGUACAAAAAAAGAGAGAGAAGACAAAGAACAAAAAACUGGUGCAUUUUGGACCUAGAGAAAACAAAGAGAAAUCUUCAAAACAAAAGCUCCUGAAGAUAUCCAAGGCAGGUCUAUACAAAGAAUGGCAAGACAUCGAUUUGGUUCAAGUGCCUACUUUGUUACAAAAUGAAAGUGCCCCUCAUUUAAAACAGAAACAGAAAAAUCAGAAACGCAAAAAAGGAGGCACAGUUGAAAAUUUGACUGGGCUCAAGCAUGACUUUUGUAUACCAAAGGCUAUUAAAGUGGCAGAACCAACACCACAAGGGAAACCUCAGAAGAGAAAAAUUGAAACCCCCAGAGAUUUGGCAAAGAAAGGGAAAUCUGCCCAGGAUAUGGAGCAAAAUGAAACACCUAAGCCAAAGAAAAAAAAGCAAGCCAAGAUAGUGGAAGCAGUGUCUCCAAAGAAAGCAAAGAUUAAAGAUGCUACCGAGAAUGAACUAGGUACGGAAAUCCAAACGUUAGCUAAACGAAAGGACAAAGAGCAAAAAAGUGAGUCUGAAAUCUCAUGUCAUGAUCAAAUAAAGCAGCAAGCAUUGCUUUUAUUGAAAGGUCACAAGCAGCCACAGCUAAAAGUGCACAAGUUGGAUGCUAAAACCACAGGAUUUGAACAACCACUUAAACAUAAAUGUCAGAGUAAGGAAGUUUGUUCCCAAGAAGCUACAGUGGUACAGACAAAAGGAGAAACACAAAAUAAAUCACCACAAACGGCAAGGAAAAAGAAAGCAAAAAUGAUUGGAAAGAAAUCUAAAGAAUUUCAGAAGGAUGCCUGUCAUUUGCAAAUGUACUCUGUUGACAAUGGUCUCACUUCAGCUCCAUUAUGCACAAAGCCAAAAGUUGUGCGGAAGCGUAAAUCUUCUACGAAAAUAGAUCAGGAAAUUGCAUUGAGUCCUCCAUAUUCUCGGCUCACAAUUGGAUGCCAAGAUUGUGGGAAGAACUUCUCAGAAGUCCCUGCCUUGCAGGAGCACAUGGCUUCUAUGCAUUCUGAAAGUGGAAUUUUCCAGUCCAAUUUGAGCAGUGAUGCUUCUAAUAAUCCAGUGAGUUCUGGGUCAAAUGAAGCAAUAAUCACAAAAGCGGUUCAUUCAAGCAACUUUGAAAUACAGGUGUCUACAGACUGGGAUAUGGAGACCGAGAUGAGAGAGAUUGGUUUAGAAGACAGGGAUGAUCACGGACUCUCAUUCCCAGCCCUCAGUCCUUCCCCUUCUUUCCCAACUGCAUCAAUCUCUCUUGAACACGAGGCCAAAGAGAGGGAGAAGAUUCAUCAAGAUAUUCAUCCUGGAAAUUCAGAGACACUUUGCAAAGAUUCCACAAUAUUUAGGCAGCCUUUUGCAGAUGUUUCAUCCACAGAACCUGACACUUUCCACAUUCCAGUACACAAGAAAAAGUCAGGGGAAAAGGAGAACAUGGAGUCAGUUCAACUGGUCUCAGUUUCUGAGCCACAGGAGGGUGUUGACAUUAAAGAGGAGUUGCCUUUAGAUGUGAAGGUAGUCAUGGUUGAAGACCAAAAUGUAGAUGACAAGGACUCUACUCAGGUAAAUAGUCUUUCUAAUGAGACUCGAGUGGGCUCUGAUCAACAGGAAAAUGAAUCAGUUCACACUGACCUGAACCAGUGUCAGCUAUCCAUACAACAUGUGAAUCCAGCAUCAACUGAAAAUUCAGACUCCCACUUAACAGAACAACCAGAAAUUAAACAAGAGGAAGAGGAGAUACUGGUCCAGAGAGAAGAGAAGCAAACAAAAACAUCUAUGACAAGAAGUAGAAGAGGAAGAGGUGGUCGAAGUAAAGGAAAGAGACAACUUGGAAGAGCUACAAAAAGAGCUACAAAAGAGAUGGUGAACAAUAAAGAAGAAUGUCAAGUUGUUUUUCAGCUUUAUUCACUCACGGAUGACUGUGAGGAAAAGAAUGAAGAAAGGAACAAUCAAACAAAGGCAACCUGUUCCACUAUAGCUUACAAGCAGUCAGAGUUGGAGGAAUGCCCUGAAGAUCAGGUAGUUUUGGAGCUAGAAUCUGUUACUUCCUGUGCUGUAGAUGUGAGGAAACCAGAUGAUGCAUCACUGGUUCAGAAGUCUGGCGAGCAAGACAAGACCAGCAGUUCAUCUGGAAUGGUUCUGGAACAUUUCCAGACAGCUCAUGAAAGUGAGGAAGGAAACUCUGCACACAGCCAAGGCAGCAUAAGAAGCUGGGGCAAUCCACACCCAGAGACUGAAGGCAUAACAUCUGCUGGCAACUUUGAUGAUGUAAAAAUAGAAGCCAGUCCAUCAACUCUGGCCCCUCAUGAAGUCCCACCUAGUGAGAGAGAUUUAUUGAAAGGAGUUCGAAUGUUUCGGGUAAAGGCAGAAAAUCACCAAAAUUUAAACGAGCACAAAGCUUCACAACAAACUCAUCGUGCUAUGUGCCUACGUAAGUCUGCUAAAAAUCAAACAAAAAAGCACCUCAAUCAUGCUACAGAUGGGAUCCCCUCUGGAUCCUCAACAGGCUCUGAAUCUGCUGGCAAACAGUGUAUAUUCUAUCCUGUUAAAGAAGAGGAGGGAGAGAUACUGGUGGAACCUCCCCUUAGUGAACAAGCAACCAAGGUUCCAGAAGAGAGGACAGAGGCUGGACCUGAAAUAGAGGAGUGUGAGGAAAUCAUGGUGGAAUGCUCACAAAUGGAAAUGCAUCAUAAUUUUUACGGUGGCACUGAAGAGGGUGAUCUUGGCACCGAGCACCAGAGCCCUCAACACCUUCUAGAAUUCCUCUCACAGAGUUCAGACACAGAGGAGUUUGACAAUUUUCAGUCUGAGCCAGAUGCUGAAGCUCUUAUUAUGUCCUGUUACCAUGGUAUCCACACCAAUGGAGCUAUGAAACAAAAAGAACUUUCAGUCUAUGAGGAGGGUGGAAGAAAUUCAGGAAAUGUAGAUUUUUCCCAAGCAAAGCACCAAGGGGGAACCACAAAAGAGUGUUGGAAACCUAUUGACUACUUCCUGCAGUACUUCAACUGGGACACGUGGAAAGAAAUUGCAGUCUGGACAGGGCAAACAUCAAAACUGCCAACACCUGUUACCGAAAAAGAGGUAGCCCAGAUCGCAGGAAUCCACAUUGCAAUGGGAACCCUAAAGUUUCCAAGUAUGAAGCUGUACUGGGAGGACCUCACCCGAGUGCCCUUAAUUGCUGAUGCCAUGUCAGCUUCCAAGUUUUCUGAGCUCACUUACAACCUUAAGUUGGCUAGUCCUAGAGGAGAUCUCAGGCAGGCAAAUGGAGAUGGAGAUGAACAAUGUGGCCAAGGAAACACAACUCAGUUAAGCACCAGUGAUAAGGCACCGAGACAAGUUCCUUCACCAGGUGACAAAUCUAGAAUGUUUACAUCCUUGCCGUUGUGCAGGUAUCAGGAUACGGAGAAUUGCACAGACACUUUAGUGUCAAAAACAGAUCCAUUGUGGAAAGUUCAGGCCAUUGUAAAGAGAGUUCAAGAAGGGUGUCGAGCUCUUAAGAGAAAUGGAAACCAUGCAGUUGACCAAUACCCCCUUCCUUUUCAGAGGCACCCAACGCAUUUGUUACAUCACACAAUUAUGAUAAAUGUUACUGGAUUGGUCAUGGACUUUAACUUGCGUGUAAAGGACUGUAAGAGAGAGGAAGUAGUUGUAAAUAUGGUUUCUCAAGAAAUAGAUGAUAACCAAGGCAUGGUGUUUCUCUGUAAACCAGAACUAUCAACACCUUCUAUGUUGGAGCAUCUCCUAGAGGCAGGAGUGCGCAGUGCUGGCAAGGUUGGAGGUGCAAGGGGCCAAGUAGGUGAUGAGUUUGUGACCUCUGAUGGAAAGCUAAAGCUAUUUAGAUGCCACCAUGGCUUCAUCCUCUCUGCGGCAACAAAGGAAAGAUCUCGUUCAACGUCGCUUGUCAGUGGUUUUGAGCGAGCAAUCAAAGCUGCAAAUCUAAACAGAGACUUAAGAAGCCUUUAUCGCACACCAUGUACAAGUUCAUCACCCAGUGCCUGGCCACAGUCUGUUCUUUGGGACCUUAUUGAUCUGGCAUUAGUUAACUCCUGGCUACAAUACAAGCAAGAUACAAACCAUGAUUCAGAGCCACUGUCACUUAUGGCAUUCCGUUUGGAAGUUUCCAAAGCUUUAAUCCUUUCUAGCAGUAUUGAUGCACAAGACUCAUCACCCCCCUAUCCUCCAGUUCCUAAACAUUCUGCUCCAAAUACAACUCCAGGCACCAAUGAUGCCUUUGAGAACUCUUUUCCUGAUGCAGCCACACGAUAUGAUGGUAUGGGCCAUUGGCCGGAGCAACUUGCCGAAGGUGAAGAAGCCAGAUGUAGGUUCGGAGGUUGUGAGAGAACAUCUCGAGUACGAUGUCUCAAAUGCUGUGUGUUCCUUUGCAUUUCACGCAAUCACAACUGUUUCCUGAAGUUUCAUAGUCAGGGGUCUGAAUGAAAUCUACUUACUCUGAUCAUGCUCUAUUAAGCAUAUUACUUCUAUGCCAGUUUAUGAUAACUAUUAAUUACAUUGUGGCUUGACAUGAGGAUUGUCUAGCAUCAAUGAUCUCUCAUUUAUUGGUCUGUACAGCUUUUCUAAAUAAAUGUUACUGCUCAAAGGUUUGGAAUCACUUGUCAAAUUAAGUUUGUUGUUUUAUUCAUAAUUGUUUUUUUAAAUAUUAGAGAGCUAAAUGAUAAACAAUUUUAGAUGCAUCAUUCAGAAUGUAAAGUAUUUGGAGGCUAAUCAGAAAUUAUUAAAUGAUAAGUAUCUAUUAAUUUGUAGAAAAUGUGUCAUUUUCAUUUGAUCACUGGUUUGCAAAUAUGAGGAAUUUUCUCAUAUUUCCAGUUAUUUUUAACACAAAGUUUCCUAACUUUUUAGCAGCUUGAUAAAAUCAGUUUAAAGGUACAUAUAUUAGCAUCAUAUUAGAAGCUUAUAUAUACUACAAAAUUAGUGUAUUAUUGAAAACUUUGAUUCCUGUCUUUUGAGCGGUAGUUGUCCUGUGCACGUUUGUCUCUAUAUGUCCACAAUAUGUGGAUAAUUGUGCAAGAUUAUUGUUGCAAUUGUACAUUAUGAUUUUCUGUAAGCAAAUGUAACUUAUGCUGUAAGUUAUCCAUGAUGUCUACAAGUGAAUAAUUGAUCAUAGUUGCAAUUAUAAUUUUAAUUAUGUAUUGUCACAAUGUCUUCUGGAUAAAAUGUCUUCUGUACUUUUUAUUUUUGGAAUUGCUUUUAAUUGCUUAAUAAAGGAUAUGCAGAAUUCGUUUUCA